CGGAGCAACGUCCAACGGGGAAGGAGGCGGAAACAAUCGGCGGGAAAUUAAAAUGGCGCUGGUCGCCUUCCAGCAACUGAGGGAUUUGGUCGAGGCCCAGCAGGCUUUGCUGGACGAGCUGAGGCGGCAGAUAGCAGUACAGGAAGAGAAUUCAGUCAGCAAGGUAGAAUAUGAAGCGAUUGUAAAAAAAUUAGAGAAAGAAGAGGAAGAACACACAGUGACAAAGACUAAUCUAGCUAAGGUGUCAGAACAGUUGGAGUUUGCUCUUGGGGAGAUUGAUGUCCUGUCAAAGCAUCUUGAGAGAGAAAAGCAAGCAUUUGAUAGCGCACUUUCUCGUGUAAACCACAGAGUGCUAAAGCAAUCAGUCCAAAAAGAAAAGUUGAUAAGCAAAUGCUCUGAAAUUGAGACUCACAUUCAGAGACAGGAAGACAUUUUAAACUUCAAAGAGAAUGAGAUUAAAGAGCUACAGCAUUUCAUCAAUAAGCAGAAACAAACAUUAAAAAAACAAGCAUCUGAGUUCAAGAUAGAAAAACAACAGGAAAAUUACAUAUCAGAAGUGCUUGGAAAGAAGAACAAGAAAGGUUUCAAAUAACAAUAUAUACAUUAUAAUCAGUUGAUUUUAUAAUCUGUUUUUUAAAGCAGAGACAUGGGAGAGCCUAAGGAUCCAAAAUACUGAUAUAUUUUUCUGCCUGGCAAAAUAAAUGAGAAUUCUGCGUGGAAAACUGUAAGCAACAACAAUAUUUUAUUAUGGUCCAAAGACCCUUAUUGCUCCGUAAGUGUACAAGAUAUGCCAGGUUAAUAAGAUUAACAACAAUAUUUUUAUUAAAUAUUAUUUAAUAUUUUAAAUAAUCUCUUCUUCUAUCAAAGUAUUUAACCCACUGCUGUGGACAUGCUUUUACAACACACAGUUGGAUGAAAUUUGCAACAGUUUUAACUGGCUAAAAUACAGGAUUAAAAUUGAUUGAAGCCAUACAAGAUGGCUAUGAGCAUAGGUAAAAAACUACAAAAGGCAUCAGGCAUGUUUCAGCCUGUGUCUAAAAUAGAGAAUUGUCUAAUCCUGGCUGCCUCGGAAAGAACCUCGGCAAUAGCCAGGGUCAUAUGGGGAACAUCAACCAAGUAAAAACUUCACAUAAAAUUUCACUGAACUGGUCGGUAAGUUUCUCAGUAGAGGAUUAAUUAUGUGUCCUCGAACUUGUUCAUAAAAACUGAAUGAAAAUAGAAUAUGGUAGAUACAUUCUACUUCCUGUUUGUUACAUGGGCAGAGUCUUUCAUUAUAUGGGAUACCCACAAAUCUCCCACACAGUAGUUCAGAUGGGAACACAUCACACCUUGCCUUUGAGAAUAGGCAACAGCAUUUGAACACAGUCAAGUUCUUUAGAUAAUUUCCUGCAUGGAAAGGCCCAACAUAAUGUAUGGACAGGGCACUUGGGGAGCAAGAAUGAGAACGCAGCUCACAAAAAGCAAUAUCUCAUAGUAUCUGAUUGAUUUGAGAGCCAUGUCAAAACCCCUGUUAGUUAGGAAGGAUACGAAAAAGCCAAUGAAGGAGGCUUUCUUAGAGUUGAUCUUAAACCAGCUGCUUAUAUGCUCAUCCUGACCUAAGUGGUGAAUUAGUCCGGAUCCGAGACUGAUCUUGAGCCAAUAUUUAAGUGCCCACCACCAGGCUCUAAUUGACAAUGGUGGUUCCCCAGAUUCAAGUAGUAAGGCACAGGAUGGUACACAUCUGAGGAACUGAAAGAGGACUCAAAAACGGUUUGCUGAUGGUCUAUUUUUUAUAUUAAGCCACCAAUCCAGAUACUGGAAGCGAAUUGAUAACUUCAGAAAUAAAAGUAGUUUCUUGCAUCAUCUUUGGUACAAGUGGAAUAUGCUAAGCAGACUCUGAAACAAAGUGCUGGUUAUUCAGUUGGAAGGAGAAGGCAUUCUGCAUACACUCAAGAGCAUUUACGUAUAAUUUAUUCUGUGAUUGUACUUUAGCCUUGCAAACCUAGACAUGCUUCCUAAGGUGCAAUCCCUUUAGAACCCUUCUGAGUAAGCGUACACUGGAAUGCACUGUUAGAAUAUUUUUAAUAGAAGGAAAAGAACCUGUCACUGAACAUUUGUGCUUUUUAUUAAAUAUGUCUCUGUGUGUUUUGUUA